CCGAGGCUGGACUGGAUGCUAUUCCAGCUGCAGGCCUGUUUCCUGUCACACUCCAGAGUUCUGCUCAGUCGCAGCCCGGCGACUCCCCCGCGGGCCCCUUUAAGAGCGGUGGACUUCAACUCCCAGGGUUCCCGGGGCGGCACUGGGGGCUGCGGAGCUCUGGGAGUUGCAGUCCACGCCUCUUGAAGCGGCUGAAGCGAGACACGCGGGGCUGGACGGCCGCUGGGCACCCGGGCCCUCUCCCGCCCGCCGCCGCCGCCGCCGCCGCCGCCGCUCACCCAGGCCGAUGGCUCGCCCCGCGGGGCGGGCGAUGAGGGCGCCCCUCCUGCCCGUCAGCAGAGACCGGAGGAUCUCGGCCUUCCCCGUGUGCUACACCCCCGAGGCCUGUCUGCAGCUCAGGGAGGACUUCCACGCCCAGGUGAGGGCGGCCUGUCAGCGGAGGAACCCGGGGACCGUUGGCCUAAAGAUCUCCAAGGUGGUCGUGGUGGGAGACCUCUGUGUUGGGAAAACAAGCCUUAUCAACAGGUUUUGUAAGGAGGUUUUUGACCGGGAUUACAAGGCAACCAUUGGCGUGGAUUUUGAAAUUGAGCGUUUUGAGAUCGCUGGGGUGCCCUACAAUCUUCAGAUAUGGGACACGGCCGGCCAGGAGAAGUUCAAGUGCAUCGCCUCUGCCUACUACAGAGGAGCGGAAGUGAUUAUCACAGUUUUCGACUUGGCUGACAUCCAGACUUUGGAUCACACCAAACGGUGGCUGGAGGAUGCCCUGCGGGAGAAUCACCCCGGCUCCAGCUUUGUGUUUCUGGUGGGAACCAAGAAGGAUCUGCUGUCCAAUGCCGAGAGUGAGCGGACAGAGCGGGACGCCAUCCGUCUGGCCAAUGAGAUGCAGGCAGAGUAUUGGUCCGUCUCGGCCAAAACAGGGGAAAAUGUCAAGGACUUUUUCUUCCGGGUGGCUGCCUUGGCCUUCGAGAGGUCUGUGCUCAUGGAGCUGGAGAAGAGCUGCAACCGGCUGCUGCCAAUCGGCACAGGGGACUUCAUCAGGAUAGAGGAAAACGCGGCGUCUUCACGUGGAUCUCCUCCAUCCAACCUGAACUGCUGCUAACGGCUCCCAGGGGACACACUGCAGGCUGCCCCCAUCACUCUUGGACAAGCAGGAAAUCUCUAGAUCUCGGGGAACCACAAGGAGUGUGGCAGAGCCAGUCCCCACCUCCACUGCUCCCAAAGCCCUUCUGAGCUGUGGAGGCUCAUGUGGAGGAAAGGACCCGUCUUUCUCUAGAAAGGCCCAGUUUCCUCUCCCUGGAAACCCUUCGUGCUCCAAACGCCAAGCCUUUGCCUCCUUGUUACCUGGAGAUGGUACGAACGGACCAGGUCUGCUGACUGGGCUAAUUCAGGGCAACAGCCCCAAACCAGCUGACUCUUCCUGGCAGCCGCAAAUUCUGCUUGAACUGGACAUCUAGUUAAACCUUAACCAUGAAACAGCUGUUAAAACCGGCAGGAGGAAUUUGUACUUAAGGGGGGAUAUCUGGAGUGAGAAAAGCUGGUAACCCGACUGUCUCCGAUUUAGGGCCCGUCUAGUGGACUCUGGGCCCCAGAGCAUCUUGCGCUGAAUUAAUUGCUUGAAUUACUUGUUAGCUUUGCUUAGAAUGACUGCCAGAGCAACCCCUGUAAAAACAGACCUUUGUCUUCAUGUCCAUUGUAGAAUUAAAAGCUCUGCCGGAGGAUUCUA